CACCAAUGGCAAGUAAUACGCCUCAAAUGUAUUCAGAAGUUGGUUUGAGCUCAGGAAACCCUGUAGUAAUAACACCACAAUCUCUGUCUCCUUCUGCUGAUGUUCCUGUUACAAGGAACAAUAACUUGACUAACAAUGAUGUACAGCACAAAUUGUUUACCAACAGCCAUUCUAUACAUGAUGAAGAUAUGACCAUAGAUCCAGCAUUAGACAGUACACUGAUUGAUAAAGGAAACAUAGAAACACCUCUUUGUAGAAAGCUACGGUCUUCUUUAGAAAGUUCCAAAUCUUCUGGACAGAAAGGAAAAAGGAAGGAGAAUGAUGUCAUAAAGAACAGUAACAACUCAAAUGGUGCUUGUGAUGAAACUCAGUUGUGUCCAGAUAUCAGUGUUAGCUCAGGAAAACCAAUGGUAGGAACAUCACCAUGUCUGAUCUCUUCUAUUAAAAGUCCUGCUGUGAGCAAUCAGAUUUCAACUAAUGGAGAUAAGGAGCAAUCAUUUACUGAUGACAACCAACCUGUAUGUGAUGACAUCAUGAAGGUAGACACUGAGCCACUUCUUUGUAGAAAGCUACAGUCAUCUUUAGAAAGUUCUAGGUCUUCUGGUCAAAAAAGGAAAAGAAAACAAAAUGAUGUAACUGACAGUAACAGUAACAGUUGUUACAAAGACAUUAAUGAACCUCGAAUGGGUUCUGAGAAAAGUCUCCUAACCUCUGGAGAUGAUGUUGCAGUAUUGACUACACCAAGUCAUUUGAUGCAUUCUGUACUAGAUAGGUUUAAUCAGAUAAGCAGUGAUCCUGUUCCGGUUGUUAGAGAUGACAGCGAUGAUGAGGUCCUACAUGUUAAGAGGGCCAAGCGGAGAUGCUUUUCUUUAGACGGAAGUCCCGUCAAACCUCCAGACAUAGGUCGUAGAUCUAGAAGGCACAGAAAUGUUGCAGUUACUCACAAUCAACACCAUUUCACAGCAAAUAUAGACAGGACAUUUUACAAAGAUGAAAAAGCCCAGAAAAAUUGUGAUGAUCUGAUGGUCAACUUUGAAGAAGAAUCCAGUGAUGUUGAGAUGUCAAAUGGUGUAAGUAAUGGUGAAGGCAUCAUUGAGAUUUCCGAGACCAUGUCUGAAAAUAGAUAUGCUGAAGGUUCCCAGAUUCCCACGGAGACCCUUUCACCUAAUAAUAAUGUUAUUGAUGUUCCUUCUUCUGGUAGUGUUGCACCUUCCACUUGUGAAGUACCGUGUGCUGUUGCUGAGAAGAAUAUUGGUGUUCAAGAUGAAGUGACUGAAAACAAUAUUGGCAGCAAAGUUAGCAUACAUGAGGAAGGUACUCGACAUUCGAGUAGUGCAGCUAAUGGGACAAAAGAUUAUUAUUAUACCCCAAAAUCUGCUCAAUAUAUUAACACAGGAGAGGACCACGAAAACUGCAUUCCAGAGUCUGUUGUUGUAGUUUGUUCUGGAGAAACCAAGGAGGGCAAGAUUGUAGAAUAUGUACCUAAGAAAGAUGCUGUUAAAGAUGUGGAUGCUUCAGAAUGUUUUGAUAAAAGGACUGUAGAUAAUCAUCAGGAUAAUCUCAAGGAGAAGUUAGUUCAUGAUGAAAAUGAUCAUGAUAAUGGAGAAUAUUUUGCUAAAGAAGAUAAUGUUAUAGAUGCUGAUACAACAGAAUGUUCUCCUAAGAUUGAAAAGGACCAUAAUGAAUAUAAUCUUAAAGCUGGUGAAUUUGAUCAGGAUGAUGAAUGUGCAUUAGAGAAGUUCCAAGACUUUUGUGAAAAACAGUCAUCAUCAGGCAAUCAAAACGAUUUCUCUGAAGACAUAUUUGCAAAAGAUGACAAUUUUUCAGAGAGUUCUGCAAAACAGUCUAGUCAAGACAGUUUUAAGCAGAUUUGUCCUGAAAACGUUCCAGACAUAAUACCUCUAACUUGUGACAGUAGCUCCGAUUCAGAGGUGGAUUCUGGCAGAUUGAAGCUACAAAGAAAGAGUCCGAGAACAGUAAGAGGAAUUGCAUCAAGUAAAAAAUCGGGGAACAAUUUAGCAACAUCUUCUGCCAGCUGCAGUAUGAGAAAUAAGUCACGCAAGAAUCGUGUGCUUGCGAGUCCAAGUGAAACCUGCCCCACGCUGAAUUUCAGUCCAUGUAGUGGUCAGUCAAAAGAGGACAUCGGCUCCUCAUGUGCUAUUCUGAAAGAAUCGGAAGCAGUGGUAUGGACUGACAAAGAUCAGUUUACAUGUAUUUCAAGGAGUCCUCAGGAAAGAGCACAUCUUUGUGAUGACUCUGGUAAGGGUGGUUCCCAUCCAGCACAUAAAGAAUCAGACUUAUCAGACCCAAUCAAUAAGGACAGUGUCAAAACAUCCUGUCAGAAUCUCUCUGUUUCUGGUUUAAAAGAUCGGCCUGAUAGUGGCAGUCGAGUACUUGCAGAAACCAUGCGUCAUAGACAGUUGGAUUUCAUAUCCCCCAUUCGUUCAAAGGUAGCUAAUUUAUCCAGACAGACUUCUCCAGGUGAUGAAGUUCAGAUUGGUGAAGUCCAGAAUUCAAUGGGCAAACAACUUGGUAAAUGUAAUUCAGAACUUCUUGAAUCACCUACCGUGAAUGUCAUUGAUUCGUCACAGAUCAAUGGUGUUGGGCGACAAGCCGGUAAAGAACCUACUAAAUGUCUUUCAGAGCAUCUUGAUUCGUCAACUGGGAAAGUAGUCGAUUCAUCACCGAUCAUUGACAUAGCAAGCCAACAGCCUAUUAAGUGUGAUUCAGAGAAACUUGGGUCUCCCACUUUGAAGGUGGUUGAUUCAUCACAGAACACUAAGGAGCAGCCUGCUGAAAGGAAUAAUCUUAAUACAUCACAGAAACGUGUCUCACCAGCUCUGGUGGUGGCCAGUUCAUCACAGAAUGGUGAUGUUGUUCAGCAUCCAGCAAACAAACAGUGUAAUUCAGAGAAGCCUGAUUCACCGACUGUAAAUGUGAUUGAUUCAUCAGACUCGGAAGAGUUUGUUCUGAGGGACGAGGACAGGAUGGACUAUGAUUCUGAAUCGGCUGCCGUGGAGCAUCUCGCUCACAAGCUGCAGGUGGUUGCUGAGGACCAGUUGGAGGAUGAGGAUCAGCUUGAGGACGGGGAUCUUAUAGUUGAUGCUGAUCAGUUUGGUGAGGAUGAACUCCGAGAUUCAGUGAUGAUCGAGGACCGGCCUGACUGCGAUGAUCUCGGGUAUAGGAAUCUUCCACUGACGAGUUCUCCAGUGGAAGCUGAAAACAGAUACGACUCAUUCAAGGCACAGAGUUCAGAUGAUGAUGAUGAUGAUGAAAGUGUGGACACACCAGUUAGACAGAAGAAGAAGAGAUGUGCUGUCAUAGAAGACAGUGACGAAGAUUCAGACCUGAGUCAGGUGAGCAACAUGAACCACAGUGGCAAUCUGACGUCAUCGAGCGCCUUCUCCAGUCAGAGUGAAGUUCUCACCACACAGCAAAAAGUUCUUCUAGAAACAGACUGUGCAAAGCUGAAAGAGAAAAUCCUAGCAGCAGAGGCUAAAAUAAAGGAUUUAGCGGAGAAGACCCCUGGGUCAGUGAUGAAGUGUCGACCUGAGGAUGACAAAACUACAAAUGGAAGAGACGGUUUAACAGGUAGUCCUCUGCAUAGUUUGUCGGUGAUCCAAGCCACUGGGGCCGAGGAUGGAAAUGAGUCGACUUCCAGCGAGGACAGUGAUGACCUUUUCUUCAGCCCUCUCCCACCCACGCCACCUCCACCUCAAGACACAGCCCAACCUCACAUCAAACCCUCAGAAAUUGUACAGGAAGCAGUUCACAUUCUGAAUAAGAUCCGAUCCCCAGACUUGACCACCGACACUGUGGCUUCAAAAGAUGUUCAGGCUCGUUUGAAAUCUCAUCCAAGGGAAACAACUUCUGCAGGCUUAUCGGCAUCAGUUCGUUCAAAUCUUUCAGGAUUUGCAGAUUCAUUGGAGGUUGUAAAUAAUGUUAAAAAUGAGCUUCCAGUAGUCAACAGUGACAGAAAGGUGGCUAAGAAACCAGAUAUGAGUCCACUGUUGACAGCCGAGAGUGUUUCUUCACAGUCAAAGUGCUUUGUUGCCACUGGUCUUGGCAGGAAUGAAGUGAUUGCUGUCCAACAGUUAGCAGAGACUAAUGACAGCAAGUUUUAUGGAAGAUUCAAUAACAGAGUGACGCAUGUCAUUGUGAAAACAGUCGAUAAGGAUCACAAACGGUGUGACCGGACUCUCAAGUAUUUCCAGGGAAUUGCCGCCAAGUGUUUCAUUGUGAGUUUCCAGUGGGUCCUCGACUCCAUACAGGCCGGUAGACUACUUCCGGAGGAUCAGUAUGAAAUAAUUGGUGAUACAGUUAGUGAGGAAAUUCAUUGUGGACCAUCAAGGUCAAGGUCAACAUCAACGAAACUAUUCACUGGAUUUAGUUUGACCUGUGUUGGUGUCAGCACCGAAAUGACAAAAGAUGAUAUGGUUGAGCUGUUGAAGAUGUGUGGAGCGAACGUGGCUGAUGAUCCCUGGGAGUUGGGAAUGGUGAACAGCGACCAGAGAAAACUGAUCAUCCGAUGUCUCGAUAUAGAAGAUCAUCCACCCUCUCUGUCAGAGGUGGAUUUCUUUAACAGUCAUUACAAACACCUGGGUGUGGUCACCGUGUCCCGAGAAUGGGCACUGGACAGUAUCGGAGUCUAUCAGAUCCAGCCACUCGCUGACUACCUCCUCACUCAAGUAGAUCCAUCUGAGUUGCCAUUUUGAAUACCAUUGUCAUGGGAAAUGGGCACUGGACAGUAUCGGAGUCUAUCAGAUCCAGCCACUCGUUGACUACCUCCUCACUCAAGUAUAUCCAUCUCAGUUGCCAUUUUGAUUCAGAGAUUUAUCCAGACAUUCUGUGGGUCCGAGCAUAAAACCCUUCCCCAAAAAAGUGGCACAAAUAAAUCAUAAUUUCUGCACUAAAAAUUCCUAAAUUUCUGCACUAAAAAUUCCCAAUAUAUAUAUAUAUAUAUAUUUUAAUUAUGUCUGACCUAAUGCAUUAAUUUAACAAUGGUGUACUGCAUCAUUCACUGGUCUGAAAAAAUAUCCCAAGUAUGAUUUACGUGCACUAAUUUUCCCAAUCCCAUCAUAUAUGGGAUCCUGGUGAAAAUGCUAGAUAAAUCCCUGUAAAUAUAGUUUUUUGUUAGAAUAUUAGUGACUGUAUAUUCAUAGGACAACACAUUUAAUAUACAGACUGAUAUUUUAGUCCAUUAGUCGGCAACACCUUAAGAGUGGCAACAAACUCAAGACUAAAUAAUACAUACUUAAUAUAGUUGGGAGGUUUUUCUUCAGAAUAUUAGUUUCUGUAUAUUCAUUGUGAUUCCUGAUGGGAUUUAGGUUAGU